ACGUUUCGCAAAUUUGAAGCAAAAUACUAACAAAACAUAAAUUUAAAAAUGAAUUUUAUUAAUGAAAUAGUAACUGAAUUUAAUGAAUUAAAUAUUUCUGAUAAAAAUCCAAAUUCAUCAAAAAUUAAUCAUGAAAAUUGUUAUAAUCCACCCAGAAAAUGUUGGUGUAAAGAAUGUGUUCCUCGUUGCAUAAUUGAAGGAUGGACCAGUGGAAAUGAUGAUAUUGAUAAUCUUAUCAAGGAUUCGAUUUAUAGUGUACGUUUGAAAUAUAUUGGUGAUGAAUAUGUCCCAUCAUUUCUCGAAUGGGUUCCAUUUGAUAGAUUUGAAGAUAUGAAACAAAUAGGUGAAGGUGGAUUUGCAAAAGUGUAUUCUGCAACUUGGAUUGAUGGUAUAGCAAAAUACAUUAAAGAUGAUGGAAAUUGGAUAAAAAAAGAACCUGAAUCCAUGAAAGUUGCCUUGAAAAGGCUAAAUGGAUCGCAGAAUAUGUCAGCUGAUUUUUUAAAUGAGCUUAAAACACAUUGGAAAUUAAAUUGCUUACAAGAAGAUUCUUUAAAAUUUUAUGGAAUAACUAAAGAUCCAGAAACUGAAGAAAUUAUGAUGGUUAUGCAAUAUGCAGAUGAUGGAAAUUUGAGAAAUGUUCUUUCAAGCAAUUUUAACAAAAUUUUAUGGAAUAAAAAAGUGACCUAUUUAUACUUAACAGCAAGGGACCUUAGUAAUUUACAUGAAUUAGGAUAUUUUCAUAAAGAUUUUCAUAGUGGAAAUAUAUUAAAUACUAGUAAUGGUUCUUAUAUUUCAGAUUUUGGAUUAUCUAGACCAUCAAAUGAACAGAAAUCAUCAGAUAGUAAUAAAAUAGUUGGUGUUUUGCCAUAUAUUGCUCCAGAAGUUUUAAAUGGAGAACCAUAUACAUUAUCUUCAGAUAUUUAUAGUUUUGGUGUAGUUAUGGCUGAAUUAUCAUCUGGAAAACCUCCUUUUUAUAAAAGAAAUCAUGAUAAUAGCUUAGCAUUAGAAAUAUGUAAUGGACUCAGACCAGAAUUUGGAAAAGGAACUCCUGAAAUUUAUAAGAAAUUAGCUUAUAGAUGUAUGAAUGCUAAUCCAAAUCAAAGGCCGACAGCCAAUGAAUUAUUUAACAUAUUAGAUUGUUGGGAUAAUUAUCUUAGGGAUUUAGAUGAAGAUGAAAAAUAUGGAUAUAAAAAAGAAGAAGUUAAAGCUGUAUUUGAAGAAGCUGAUAAAGAAAUACCAAAUAUUUCAACCUCAUAUGAAAAGAAACCUGAUGCUAUUUAUACUAGUAGAGCAUUUACACUCAGUAAUGUGUCAAAACCCAUUAAUUCAUCUUUUAUUGCUACUACAUAUCUUAAUGAAGAAGAUAAUGAAGGUUGUCAAGAUUCUCAAUUAAUUAACUUAGAGGUUCCUUGCACAUCAAAGUCAGAAGAUGAUGAUAAUGAUGACUAAAUAUAUUUUAUGGUUUAAAUUACGUUUUUAUCAUUUGGUUUUACAUAAACAACUUUUUAAUGAAUUAUACGUUCAAAUUUUUAAUAGAAACAAUGGAAUAAUAGCGAUUAUUGGAAUAAGCUACAUAAUUUUUUGAUUUUCAGAAGUGAAGGGGGAACUAUACUUUUGCGAUUGAUAUAUUAACGUUAUGUUAAAUUAUAAAAUAUAUAAAUUAGAAGUAUGAUUAUAAAUAUUAUAACAUGGUAAUUUUUGUUAUUAACGUUGUCUUUUGUUUUCGUGAAUGGUGUUUGAUUUAUAACUUUUUAAAAAAAUAUUAUGUUAAAUUUUAAAAUGAACUUUUUUUAUAACUUGCCAUAUUAAUUGAGUUUUUAUG